AUGUCCCAUCUCCAGUACUUUAACUACAAAGGCUUCGGCGAACAUCAGCGGGACAACUACUGGUACAGCCAAGCUGUUCGCGUAGGCGACCGCAUCGAAUGCGCCGGGCAAGGUGGUUGGGACCCCUCCAAUGGCAAGAUCCCCGCCGACCUGACUGAAGAAAUCGAUCAAGCAUUCGCCAAUGUCGAGCUGGCUCUCAAGACCGCCGGAGGGAAGGGAUGGUCACAAGUGUUCAGGAAUACCAUCUACCUCGUAGAUAUCAACGAGGAAGCUAUGCAGGCGAUCGUCAGAAACUUUAAGAAAUGGCUCCCAGAUCAUCAGCCUAUCAACACACUCCUCGGAGUCAAGCAGUUGGGAUUGCCCGGGAUGAGGGUCGAGAUUGAGGUUGUCGCGCACGUCCCAGAGUCGGCGUAG